AUGGAUCAAAUAAGUGAAGAAUGUGACUUACAGUUGAAACGGCGAGCGAGGAAGGGCGUGAAUCGGCCGGUGAAAAGCCGUGAACGACGUGAACGGCGGCGAGGAGACGUGAAACGGCGGCAAGGAGAUGUGAAACGACGACAAGGAGACUGUAGGAAGAAGAUCUGUGUUGGCAUUGCUAGAGGAUUGGCAUACCUCCAUGAAGAAUCAAGAUUGAAGGUUGUUCACAGGGACAUCAAAGCCACUAACGUGUUGCUUGAUAAAGAUCUUGACCCAAAGUUAUCUGAUUUUGGUUUAGCCAAGCUUGAUGAAGAGGACAACACUCACAUUAGCACUAGAAUUGCUGGGACCUACGGAUAUAUGGCUCCUGAAUACGCAAUGCAUGGUUAUUUGACAGAGAAAGCAGAUGUUUAUAGGUUUGGAAUUGUUGUCUUAGAAAUCAUUAGUGGAAAGAAUAACACCCUUUAUCGGUCAAAGGAGGAGGCAUUCUAUCUUCUUGAUUGGAAUUUGAGCCAGGUUGUGCGAGCAAGAAGCCAAACAUUACAAAGUGGUUCCGAUAAAGGAACUGGUGUUUCAAAAGGAGGUUUGGCACUUAGUGUUUAUACCAACUUUAAGGUUGCAGCUUCACAGCAGAGCUUGACAGUGGUGGAGUCCUCGCAGCGGAGUUUCGGUUCCCUAUAG